GAACCUUGGUACAAACGCGUCUCUACUGACUACGGAUUUGUUUCUGUGUGACACCUUGGUAACAGCUGUUCUACUCGGCUAGUAGCUAGCAACAGCCAAGUUAGAGGCUAUUUUAAGCAAAUUAUAUUCCUGUUUUCUGCCUGUUUUAUUAUCACGGAUUGACUGAGGUGGAGGCUGCCGUCAUGGAGCCUGCCUGCCGUAAGGACAAACCAAAGCUGAACUCGACGCCGACCAGAGGAGACCGAGCCAAACAGAAAUCUGCACAGCAAGAGCUCAAACAGCGACAGAGAGCCGAGAUCUACGCCUUGAACAAGGUGAUGACAGAGUUGGAGCAGCAGCAGUUUGAGGCCUUUUGUAAACAGAUGCAGUCGCAAGGAGAAUGAUGAGAAUCCAGCCCAUUCUGCCUCCUUUUAUCUGGACCAGGACCUGUCACGCUCAAAAGCGCUAUGUACACACACACACACACACACACACAGAAACGCUGUUACUGACAUAAAACCACUCCUGCUUUAGGAUGUUUUCGGUGCUGACUUAUUUUCUGAAAGAAAACCUAAAAUAGACAGAAGGUAAUAGUUUUCUGACACUGAAUCAGACAGUAUUUGCUGAUGAUGGAGUAUAAUAUGGCAGAAAAUUCUGUUGAUAUAAAUCAACCAUGAAUGAGAAUAGUAGGCAGAGUUGCAGACAAACACAUCACGUCACUGGCAUUCCCUUUCCUUUAAUAUCAGACUUUGCUGCAAUAAUGUGAUGGUUCAACUGAGUUACACAUCACUGCAGUGAUAAUAGCUGCAGAAAGGGUGAAAUUUAUCCUUUUUUCAGCUAUUCUGAGUAGUUAAAGGCACGUUUUGUUCGCCAUUAAGCAUGACAAGACAGAAGACAGAAAGCGACAACUUAUGUAGCACCUGAAUUAAUCCAAUGCCAGUUUGCUUGCAUUUUAUCACAUACCAGCCAGUGUUACUUACGCUUUAAGCUGUAGAAAAAUAACAUGGUAUGAGGCACAUUGUAUGCAUUUCCCACUGAAUUAAUACUGCAUUAUAUUGCCAAUCACAAAUUUAGCAACUUACACAUCUUAUGUAUAUAUUUAUAUUGCUCAUUACACUAUUAUGUCCUUUUUGACUUAAGUUAUACAAAUUUGAUUUAAUGAAAAUAAAUUUUUUUCUAAAUGUG